AUGCCCAAAGAUAACGAAUACGAGCUCGAGAGGCAGAAGACAAUCGCAGAGAACCGGGCGCUGCUCGACUCGCUCGGCCUCGACUCGGGCGGCGAGGCCAAACUCCACCUGACGCCAGCCCCCAAGCCGAAACCCGCGGCGACCCGGAAACGCAAGGCCCCGCCGGCCAAGGUCGAGCGCGAGCCGCGGCGGCGCAGUGGACGGAUCGCCGGCUUAGAAGCUGACGGGUACGAGGCGGCGCUGAAGCAGGCAGUCGAGGAGAAGGCGGUCGAAGAAGCGCGCGUGCGCGACCGUCGGCCGAGACGGCAGAUGAUGCCGAUCGCUGAGAUGCACGAGGAGGACUUGCCGCCAGUAAAAGCCGAGGACGAGAGUGAGGAGGCCAAAGUGGAGCGGGCACGAGAGGAGGAGCGCGCUAAGGAGCUCGAGGCAUUCCUGACUGAUAUUGCGGAGAAGAAGGCGGCACGGACCUUCCCCAGCAUGAAAGACAGUGCGCAUGAUGCGUACGCCGACGCGGAUGCGCUGCCGGCCGAAGUGGCUCGUCUCAAGGACGCCUUCAAGGGCAUGGUUCUGAGUGCCAAUGCCAAGGUCACGACGGAGCGCGUCUUCUCCAUGGUCGUGCAUCCCGAACCCACCAAGAACCUCGUCCUCGUCGGCGACAAAUAUGGCCAGCUAGGAAUCUGGGACGCUCUGGGCCCGUCCUUCACCGAAGCGGACGAGGGCGAGGACACGGAGGGGCGUGUCUGGCGCGUACAGGCGCAUGCCAAGAACUCGAUCUCGUGCAUGAAGGUCGACCCGAUCGCGGGUUCCAGCCUUUACUCCUCGUCAUACGACUGCUCGCUGCGCAAGCUCGACUUCGCGACAUGCGUGUCGACAGAGCAGUUUGCGUUCGACGACGACGAUAUGCUUAUCACGCAUUUUGACCUCACCCCGAGCGGACAGGAAGCGUGGCUCGUUGACAAGAACGGCGGUAUCUCUCACUGCGACUUCCGUGAAGGUGGAGAGCGCCGACGAUGGGUGGUGCAAGAGGGGGGGCGGGCGGCCAAGCUCGGCGGCGUGAGCGUGAACCCACUACAGCCGCACUUAAUCUGCACCGCAGGCAACGACCAGCACCUCCGAAUAUGGGAUGUGCGGCACCUGGGCCGUAUUACUCCCAAGGCCGCCGAGUCACUGGCGCCUCCCGAAGACCGACCAGAUGAAGCACUGGACACUUUCCCGACCAGCUCGAUCCCCGUCGAAAGAAUCGAGAACUACAUGCAGGGCUCCAAGGGGAAGGGGCUGCUACGUGCUGCGUACCAGCACGGCAAGAGCUGCUCGGCGGCUUACUGGGACCCAACAGGGCGACGUAUCCUCACCACAAGUUAUGACGACAAGUUGCGGAUCUGGACUCUCAACCCACAGUCGUUCAUACUCGACCAACCGCUGCCGGUAACACAAUUCAAGCCGUCCAAGUCAAUCAUCCACAACUGCCAGACAGGGCGAUGGCUGACAAUACUACGCGCGAACUGGUCGCUGAACACGGACUACAUGCCUCACUUCACUGUGGGCAACAUGAAACGCACGCUGGACGUGUUCGCCGCUACAGGCGACAAGAUUGUAGCUCUGUGGGCCGAGGGCCACAUCCGCAGCCUGCAAUCGACGCACCUCAUCCUGCGGUCGUCGGACCUCGACCCGACCUCGCUUCCCUCGCUGUCAGACGACACCCGGACCCUCGUCAUUGCUGACAGCGGGUACCGCGCUCUCUCCGCCCUCCUCCCUCUCCUGCCGUCAAGCACACUUCUCGUCGUCCCCAUCGCACACAAAGACCCGGCACCGGAUUCUGUACACAGACAUGCACGCCGGAUUGUAUGUGCAGGUCGUCUUGACGCGGAAGCGCGCGCGGCGAUAGUUGGUAACGGUAUGAUGUGGCUUGGCGAGCGUAUCGGCCUUGCCGCCGAGUAUAGGGUGCUCGAAGAGGGCCUCGUGGCUGUCCAGACAGCCAUAGCGGCCGAGGCCUGCGCAUCCGCCCGCGCGCUCGGCGUCACAUCACAAGUCGCGUACGAUUACAUGAUGGCGAGCCAGGGGCGUUCCUGGUCAAUCGAGCACCAGGGACCCACCAUGCUCGAGCUAGAAAACAGUCCGCCAGGCCUGACUCUCUCUACCGCUCGCGCCGCCCUCCGUAUAUCAAUCACCCUCGCGGCCUCGCUCUCCCCUCCCGUCCCCACGCCGAUGCGCAGCGCCGCAUGGCAGGCUUAUAUCUCAACUGCGUCAUGGCACCGCGACCCACACACGUCCGGGACCGACCCAAGCGCGACGGUCGUCAACUCGUACCCCUCCCCUGGGCGAAUCGCCGAACAGCUGGCGGGACCGGGACACAGUGUCGAUGCGCCGCGCCGGCUGGAGAUUAUCCGCCGACUUCUACGCCACGCGAAUGCCGCUGUUCUCGCUGAAACGCUGGGCCUCGCCUCGGGCUUGGGCAUGCAAGUAGGGGAUGUCGUACAAUGCCUCGCGCAGGGUCCGGGCGGGAGCUGGGUGCUCGACACCAUGGGCGAGGCUAUGCGCUGCCUACGUGCUGGCGAACGAUUGGCUGAUAUCGACAUACGCAGCCCUGACCGCAGUCUCGACCGCGCUGUCAGCCGAACAAGACGCGAUCAAACCUCAGUUGCCACCGCACUCGAGGAGCUGUCGAGCGUGCUCGACGUCAUGAAUAGCAUCCCACUUGCGAUGCCAGUUGCCGCUUCCGCGCAACAGGUGUUCGUGCUGGCUACAGCGCAGGGGUUGGGAGAUGAAGACGAAGUAGCGAUCACGCGGUUGUGGGCGUAG